AGAGUGAGAGAAAAGAUCAUCAGUGGCCACUACUGGGAGUCGCGACGACGUGAAGGCACGGGGAUGGUGAGGGACAGAAGGAGGACGCAAAAAAUAGCAAGAGGGGGCAGUUGAGAAGUGAUUGUGCAUUGACGUUACUGUAUAUCUUUCGAAAGGGGAACAAUGCAUUGUCCGCUCAAAUAAUCUGAAGAUGCCCGUGUGUUACCGAAGUCCAAAUUGUAAAUCCGCUCGGUUUUAGAGUCGUUAGGCUAAGUUACCUUGAUUAUAGCUUGGCUCACAGACAAUUAGAAAAAAAAAACAAUAGCAGUCCUGGACUGUCACUUCUGAAGCAAAAGGGAGACCGCCCGACAGUCAUGGAACGGAGAGUGAAAAUUAAAAUUAGCUAGCGCUUCAAACGUUCAGAUAAGAUCAUAGGAGAAGAAAUAGCAAGACCACCUGGCACCUGUCGCAAGAAUGGAUUUUAGCACGCUUCGGAACCUCAUCAGUAGAUACUGUACAGGGGAGGAGAACUGGGUGGACAACAGGACAGUGUACCUCGGGCAAAAAGAACCCCCGCCAGGGGCGGAGGCCUACAUCCCACAAAGAUACCCCGACAACAGAAUAGUCUCCUCCAAGUACACCUUCUGGAACUUCGUCCCGAAGAACCUGUUUGAACAGUUCAGGAGGAUAGCCAACUUCUACUUCCUCAUUAUAUUCCUGGUGCAGCUUAUCAUCGACACUCCAACCAGUCCCAUCACCAGUGGUCUGCCUCUCUUCUUUGUCAUCACUGUCACAGCCAUCAAACAGGGCUAUGAGGAUUGGCUUCGGCACAAGGCAGACAAUUCCAUCAACCAGUGUCCUGUGCAUGUCAUCCAGCAUGGCAACGUGGUGCGGAAACAGAGUCGAAAGCUCAGGGUGGGAGAUAUCGUGAGGGUGAAGGAGGACGAGUCCUUUCCAUGCGAUCUCAUCCUUAUGUCCACCAGUCGAGACGAUGGGACCUGCUUCGUCACCACUGCCAGUUUGGAUGGGGAGUCCAGUCACAAGACCUACUACGCAGUGCAGGAUACCAAGGCCUUCAACACAGAGGAGGAGAUCGACUCAAUACAUGCCACCAUUGAAUGUGAACAACCACAGCCAGACCUCUACAAAUUUGUGGGACGCAUCAAUAUUUAUUUGGACAGAGAAGAGCCCAUCGCAAGGCCGCUAGGAUCAGAGAACCUGCUGCUGCGCGGAGCUACGCUAAAGAACACAGAGUACAUCUACGCUGUGGCCAUCUACACUGGCAUGGAGACCAAAAUGGCACUGAACUACCAGUCCAAAACCCAGAAGCGCUCAGCAGUAGAAAAGUCGAUGAACUCCUACUUGAUUGUCUAUCUGUGCAUCCUGAUCAGCAAAGCCCUCAUCAACACCGUCCUGAAGUACGCCUGGCAGGCGGACCCCGACAGAGACGAGCCCUGGUACAACCAGAAGACCGAGACGGAGAGGCAGCGGCACAUCCUCAUCAGAGCUUUCACCGACUUCCUGGCUUUCAUGGUGCUGUUCAACUACAUCAUCCCCGUCUCCAUGUACGUCACGGUGGAGAUGCAGAAGUUCCUGGGCUCAUACUUCAUCACCUGGGACGACGACAUGUUCGAUGAAGAGUUGGGCACGGGGGCGCUGGUCAACACCUCUGACCUCAACGAGGAGCUGGGACAGGUUGAAUAUGUGUUCACGGACAAAACGGGAACCCUGACGGAAAACAACAUGGAGUUCAUAGAGUGCUGUGUGGACGGACACGUGUACGUGCCUCAUGCCAUCUGCAACGGGCAGAUCAUGACCGGAGCGACGGGCAUGGACAUGAUCGACUCCUCACCGGACGCAGACGUGAAGGAGCACGAGGAACUGUUUUUCCGUGCCCUGUGCCUGUGCCACACGGUGCAGGUGAAGGAGGAGGAGACAGUGGAUGGCAUCAAACGGGGCAUCCACCAGGGCAAAGCCACCUCCUUCUACAUAUCCUCCUCCCCCGACGAGGUGGCACUGGUAGAGGGCAUGAAGAGGCUGGGCUUCACCUACCUGCGGCUGAAGGACAAUCACAUGGAGAUCCUCAACAGGGAGGACGAGAUCGAGAGGUUCGAGCUGCUGGAGGUACUGACCUUCGACUCUGUGAGAAGAAGAAUGAGUGUUAUUGUGAGAUCCAGUGCAGGGGAGUACUACCUGUUCUGCAAAGGAGCCGACUCCGCCAUCUUCCCCCGAAUCGUCUCUGGCAAGGUUGAACAAGUGCGAGCACGUGUGGAGCACAACGCAGUGGAGGGCCUGCGGACGCUCUGUGUGGCCUACAAGAAGCUGAAUCACAUUGAGUACGAGGAGACGUGCCAUCUCCUGAACAGCGCUAAGCUGGCUCUGCAGGACCGCGACAAGAAGCUGUCGGAAGCCUACGACACCAUAGAGCGCGACUUCAUCCUGCUGGGAGCCACCGCCGUGGAGGACAGGCUCCAGGACAAGGCGGCCGACACCAUCGAGUCGCUGCACAAGGCGGGCAUGAAGGUGUGGGUGCUGACGGGUGACAAGAUGGAGACGGCGGCGGCCACCUGCUACGCCAGCAAGCUGUUCCGCCGCAGCACGCAGAUCCUGGAGCUCACCACCAAGCGCACGGAGGAGCAGAGCCUCCACGACGUGCUGCACGACCUCAGCCGCACCGUCCUCAGGCACCACGGCAGCAUGACGCGGGAUACACUCUCAGGUCUGUCCAACGAGUUCCAGGACUACGGUCUGAUCAUCGAUGGGGCGACGCUGUCGGCCGUUCUGAAGCCGGAUCCGGAGGGCAACGGGGGCAACUACAAGGAGAUCUUCCUGGAGAUCGCCCGCAACUGCAGCGCCGUUCUCUGCUGCCGCAUGGCCCCUCUGCAGAAGGCUCAGAUUGUCAAACUGAUCAAAGCCUCGAAAGAGCAUCCAAUCACGUUAGCAAUUGGAGAUGGAGCUAAUGAUGUCAGCAUGAUCUUAGAAGCCCACGUGGGCAUCGGCGUCAUGGGGAAAGAGGGACGUCAGGCGGCGCGGAACAGCGAUUACGCAAUCCCCAAGUUCAAACACCUGAAGAAGAUGCUGCUGGUCCACGGCCACUAUUACUAUAUCAGAAUCGCCGAGCUGGUGCAGUACUUCUUCUACAAGAACGUGUGCUUCAUCUUCCCUCAGUUCCUGUACCAGUUCUUCUGUGGCUUCUCCCAGCAGCCUCUCUACGAUACAGCAUAUCUGACUCUCUACAAUAUCAGCUUCACCUCGCUGCCUAUCCUGCUGUACAGUCUGAUCGAGCAGCACAUCAACAUGGACAUCCUGAAGAAAGACCCAUCCCUGUACAGAGACAUUGCCAAGAACUCCCUCCUGCGCUGGCCCAUCUUCAUCUACUGGACGUGUCUGGGAGUCUUUGACGCCGUUGUCUUCUUCUUUGGUGCUUACUUCCUCUUCGACAACACCACCUUCACCAGCAAUGGACAGCUAAUGACCACCAACACACAGAUGAUGUUUGGCAACUGGACGUUUGGGACGCUGGUCUUCAGUGUGCUGGUAUUUACCGUCACGCUCAAGCUGGCUCUUGACACGCACUACUGGACGUGGAUAAACCACUUUGUCAUCUGGGGAUCGCUGCUCUUCUAUGUGAUCUUCUCCUUGCUGUGGGGAGGAAUCAUCUGGCCCUUCCUGAACUACCAGAGGAUGUACUACGUGUUCAUGCAGAUGCUGUCCAGUGGGCCUGCGUGGCUCAGCAUCAUCAUGCUCAUCAUGGUCAGCCUGCUGCCGGACGUGGUGAAGAAGGUCCUCUGCCGCGCCCUCUGGCCCACCACCACCGAGCGCAUUCAGAACGCUGAUAAGUUGUACCACGGCCACCUGUCGGAGUUCACCCCCAUGUCCUCGCUGCACGCGCCGCCCCGAGGCCAGAAGCGCUCGGACGGACAGAACCCCCUCCCUCGCAGGACAAACUGGUGUUGCCUUUGUGCAAACCUUUUGUCGAGGAACACGCCAUAAGGCUACAAUGUCUUAUGCAUUUUCAUUCCGUGCUUCUUCUUGGAUGCUCCCGUUCUGUUUUUCUACCUCCUUACCACUAUUUGUUCUUCAUUCAUUCACUCACUCACUUGCUCACUCACUCACUCGCUUACUCACUCACACCCCCCUGUGGCCACUCAUUGUAUCCAUGACUAAUUAUGGCAGGGUAAGAGAGAAAGAGAUGGAGACACACAUAGGUGGCAAUGCAUUAUUAUUAUUAUUAUUAUAUAAUUGCUAUGCUUUUUAAAGAUUCUUAGCUGAUUGACAGUAGGUGCCUUGAGGUCCUCUUUGAGCUGUUUCUCAGCACAUACACACACACACACACACACACACUCUUACGUAUUCAUUACACUCCCACAGUAGAGACACCCAGCCACAACAGCAUCCUGUGUUUUAUAAGGAAUGUCUGAUAUGGUGUGGCGAUGGCAUGAAAUGUAUCAACUGUAGUCUUUAAGAUUAGCUUUUGCUUGUAACUUAAUGUGGGUCACAUGAGACUGUACACGUUUGCUUAGUUGCAGGGGAAAUGAAUUGUAAGAGAACUACAAUCAAAGUCAUUACUCUGGAAUGUUUUUAUUUUUUAUUUUUUUUAUUUAUUAUUUUGGAAUAUAUCGCCGUGAUGAGGUUUACAAAUAUCGAACAAACGAAUGAAUGAAAUCUUACCAGGAGGAAAACUCUACAGUCCAAAGCUGUUGAACUGUUCUCGAGUGAAUGUGGACAUCGUUAGUCUCUUUGGGGGUCAUCUCUAAAAAAAAAAAAUGGAAUUUUUAAAGUUCAUUUAAUGUUUACUGUGAGAAUGCUCUUCAACUCUGUGGUAUUUAACACUGUGGUCAUCCAGCUUUAUCAUGACUUUUGCCGCUCGAGGUACACAAUGAUGUGUAAAAUUGUAAAAUAGUUUUGACUUCAGGAUGUGGCAUGCCUCCCAAAUGGAAACAGAACAUAUAGCCCCAUCUGAUAUGUCACAGGAAGUCCCAUGUAAUGGCCACAGCUCCAAAACUUGAAACAAAACAAGAACAUUCUUAUAUAUAUAUAUAUUAUUUUACUGUAAGAUAAGAGUAAAGGCAUUUGUUUGAGAUGUAAUCAGAGCCCUAUCACAACUCAGAGGUUACAUUUCUUUGUUUUGCCACAUAGAUUUCUUGCUACUACUGUCAUUGUUUUCUUGAUCUAGAGCAUGUGGGAAGUUUUUUUUUUUAAAUCAUUAUUAUUAUUUUAUUCUGUUUGGGUUAUUAUGAAAUGUGUCUAUGAAAAACAGCUAAUGGCUCCUUGGCAUGAGGGCCAUUUUGAGAUUGUCCUUAGCAAAUUUGAAAUGAUUUACUCUGUGGUGUUACUGAGAAUGUCUAUCAGGAUUUUGAAUGUAUCAAAAAACACAAGCCCUACUCUCUUGUACACAGUAAAACAGGAUGGUUUAAUAGCUCCUGACAGUGGAAAUGACUUUGACAAACUGUGCAACAUUGGAGGGGUUUGGAACCAACCUUUUCCUCACAGGUCUACUGAUCGUGAGUGUUGCUACUGAGGCUCAUGCAGAGCUCGGGACUUCCCCUGACUUCUACUGACGAAUCCGUUCUGCGCAACAGAAUUACCUGGAAUGCGAUAUUUUCUAUAACUUCAGAGAAUAAACUUUUGCUACUUUUGUAUUCAGAUAAAAAUAAAAAAAGAGAACAUUACUUACUUUAUUUAUUUUAGGGUAUUCAUUUUCAGUUUUGUAACCAAAAUUAGUUAUAUGGGGGACAAAAUCUAUAUAUGUGUAUCUGUAACUUUGGCAGAGCAUAAAUUGAUAAAUGAUAGCUUUAACGUUCUGCUGUCUCUGGGUUGUUUGUUUGUUUGUUUGUUUUUCAGUUCUAUUUUAAGUCAUGUUGACAUGCACUGUUUGUAAAAGGGGAUAAACUCAUAGGCUAUUCGAUCUGGAAACAGAACACGUUGGAAGACUCCUGAAAAGUGUGACCAAAUAUUGGACUACUAUAAAUGUCUGUUGUCUGUACAGCUUCCUGGACUUGUAGAGGAGCUCCAUCUAUGCCAGCCUUGACAUUUGAUCAGAAUGUGUAUCUCACUCUCCUAUACAUCGGCACAACGCAACGUCAUAUUGCUCUUAACUUAAAUCUGUUUAAAUGUAUGUAUACUACUGUACACUCUGCAUCGCAUAUGUAGUUAUAAAUAUAUAUAUAUAUAUAUUAAUGUACAGUUUGGGGUCUUUUGUAAACAGUUUUUAACAGAUCGUUAUCUGUAGAUAUAUGUGGAUUUUUGCCAGCUUUUGUGUAGCUAUUAAUGGCAAAGGACUGUAUAUUUGCUUGUAAUAAACAAAGUUAAAAUAA